CUUACCUCAUUCGAACACUGACGGGUCGUCUUCACUAGCAUGCAUGAGAAGUGGCGAAAAGCCGGCGCCGAAAUCAAGAAGGGCGACGAGCUCGGCAUCUUCCAGUUUGGUGGUUCCUCGAUCAUGGUGGCUUUUGAAAGGGGGCGGAUUCGGUUCGACAAGGACUUGCUGGAUCUCAGCAAGAGCCGCAUCCAGGUUUCCGUUGAGGUGGGUAUGAGCUUGGGCACUGCGACGAGGGCAUGAAUUGUCAAAUGGAACGGGGGGCAGCACAAUCCCGUGCAACGUGCCUCACGAGAACUCCGUCACCAAUGAUAAAAGUCAAAGUGGCUGCCAUCGUCCUAGCGGGCUCAGCCGACUUCAAAAACAACCUCAACAGCUUGGAUAUGUUCGGCCAUCGCUUGCAGGCCAAGGUAAUCAAGGUGGUUAAUGUAUCGUACGGUGAGGAGAAUGGCUUCACCAAGCCAUUGAGCUAUCAUCAGAGACGCUUGGAAACGUCAAGUUCGUUCAGGAGCAGAACCUUAUUAGCGAGUACUUUGAGAAGAUUGGCCAGACCCUGUGAGACCCGCCCAUACCACAGCGGCCACGUUCCACUUCCUCGUCUAAGGGGCGCAUUGAACAAGUGCUAUUUCGUUCCGUCCCUCUUCCUCGGCCUCUUUGCUGCUGCUGGUCCCGUGAACGACGUGUCUGGAGUAGGCCGGUGAUCAGCGAUGCUUUACUGGCCACCGCCUUCUUCCGACCGGGAAGCCGUGUCGUCGUCCCGCAGAUAAUGGCUCUCGAGCCCCUGGGAAAGGCCCUGUUUCUGGGACCAACGGGACAUCAAAA